GCCGCCGCUGCCACUGCCGCCGCCGCCGCCGCUGGUGCAGCCGGAGCAUCCGGGAGCCGCCGCCGCCGCUGCCGCCGCUACCGCCACUAGCGCUGCUUCCACCGCUGCUACCUCCCCUCCCAGGACCCCGAGACACCCCGAGCGCGAGCGGCGGUGCUGCUUGCUUGCUCUUCCUCUCCCCCGGCCCCUCCCCUCCGUGACCUACCCACUCCUUGCAGCCCUCGCCCGCACCCUCUCCGACACCCCGGCAUCCCUGCACCACCUGCUCGGGGAGCCCCGGCGGGCUCUGGGACUUGCUGUGCGCGCCGAGAGGAAGGCAAGCUCCAAACCCGUGCCUGGCAGACGGGCUGUCGCGGCUGCACCACCAGCAGGAGGAGGAGGAGAAGAAACUAUUUCACCCACCGAAACCCCAUUCUGCGGGUGCUUCGCCGCUGCUGCUUCUGCUGCCGCCGAUCCGCGUCCGCAGGUUCGAACACCGCAGCGGCGGGGACGGUGGGUCCGGCGGGCGCCGGGAGGAGGACACCAGCGGAGCCCUGCACUUGUGUGCCCCGCUCACCAGCAUCUCCUUGCCCCCUCGUUCCUUCCCCAGCCCUUUAGAGAAGGGACCAUGAUUUGGAAACGCAGCGCCGUUCUCCGCUUCUACAGUGUCUGCGGGCUCCUGCUACAAGCCGCUGCUUCAAAGAAUAAAGUCAAAGGCAGCCAAGGGCAGUUUCCACUAACACAGAAUGUAACGGUUGUUGAAGGCGGAACUGCAAUUUUGACCUGCAGGGUUGAUCAAAAUGAUAACACCUCCCUCCAGUGGUCAAAUCCAGCUCAACAGACUCUGUACUUUGAUGACAAGAAAGCUUUAAGAGACAAUAGGAUCGAGCUGGUUCGCGCUUCCUGGCAUGAAUUGAGUAUCAGCGUCAGUGAUGUGUCUCUCUCUGAUGAAGGACAAUACACCUGUUCUUUAUUUACCAUGCCUGUCAAAACUUCCAAGGCCUAUCUCACCGUUCUGGGUGUUCCUGAGAAGCCUCAAAUUAGUGGAUUUUCAUCACCAGUUAUGGAGGGAGACUUGAUGCAGCUGACUUGUAAAACAUCUGGUAGCAAACCUGCAGCUGAUAUAAGAUGGUUCAAAAAUGACAAAGAGAUUAAAGAUGUGAAAUAUUUAAAAGAAGAGGAUGCAAAUCGCAAGACAUUCACUGUCAGCAGCACACUGGAUUUCCGAGUGGACCGGAGUGACGACGGAGUGGCUGUAAUCUGCAGAGUAGACCAUGAAUCCCUCAAUGCCACGCCUCAGGUAGCCAUGCAGGUGCUAGAAAUACACUAUACACCAUCAGUUAAGAUUAUACCAUCCACUCCUUUUCCACAAGAAGGACAGCCUUUGAUUUUGACUUGUGAAUCCAAAGGAAAACCACUGCCAGAACCUGUUUUGUGGACAAAGGAUGGCGGAGAAUUACCAGAUCCUGACCGAAUGGUUGUGAGUGGUAGGGAGCUAAACAUUCUUUUCCUGAACAAAACGGAUAAUGGUACAUAUCGAUGUGAAGCGACAAACACCAUUGGCCAAAGCAGUGCAGAGUAUGUUCUCAUUGUACAUGAUCCUAAUGCUCUGGCUGGCCAGACUGGCCCUGACCAUGCUCUUAUAGGAGGAAUAGUGGCUGUAGUUGUAUUUGUCACACUGUGUUCUAUAUUUCUGCUGGGUCGAUAUCUGGCAAGACAUAAAGGAACAUAUUUAACAAAUGAAGCUAAAGGAGCUGAAGAUGCACCAGACGCUGACACAGCCAUUAUCAAUGCUGAAGGCAGCCAAGUCAAUGCUGAAGAGAAAAAAGAGUAUUUCAUUUAAAAUGCAGGCCAAGAUUCUGAGUUUUCGUUACCAGGCUGGCUGCUGGAGAAAACUGGCUAUCAUCUUUCAGAAUUCAUUUCUAUCAUCUUCUGCUACCUUUAUUAACUUCCAUACUGUACUGCUAUCAGUAGCCAGUGUAUACCAACAAUCAGCUGUUGAAAGCAUCAUUCUUUAAUUACUGUACCAUCCAUAAUGCAGGACAUUUCUUACUGCGUAAAUUCACACCAUUGCUCUUUUAACAUACAGUGCUUGAAUAUACAGCCUUAACAAUGUUAAUCAUCUCCUUGGAUCAUGACAUUGAGUUGUUUUUAUACAUUAAAAAAAUAUGCAGAGAUAUUCCCCCCAUUUUUUUUUUCUUUAAGUCAUAGACCUUAUCAGUUUGUCAUUGGACAGCUUUCACAAGUAACAGGACUAAGUAAAGACCUAAUGUACUUUAGUUCAGUUGAAGAUUAGAGGUUUACAAAUAAUGUUUUCUACAUGUCUGUAUUCAAAGACAGCAUGUUUUGGAAACAUAUGCCCUAGAAAACAUAAACUGAAAAAAAAAACAUCGUAGUAUAGUUUUUUGGAAUGUUUGAGAUUAUACUGGUAAAGCUGUAUCAAUUUGCUAUUAAAAUAUAGUACUUGAUACAGGAGCCAUGUGUAUGGAUGGCAAUCAUGACAUGAUAUCUUACAUAAUUAUGUAGAUCCUACUAUCAGGAUACUGUAGCUUCAUUUACCAAUAAAUUAUUCCAAACAUUUUAUUGCUUUUGGAAUCACAAAGAUUUCAUUCAUUUCUCUAAUUUGAUUCUAUAAUUUAUUUGCUCCAUAAGAACUCACCUGCCUAAACAAAGUUGAAGUAUCCAUAGGGCACAAUUUUGAGACAUUUUAGUAUCUGUAUAUAGUGCAUAUAAUAAAUCCAAUUAAACAUUAUUUGAUACAUAUUUAACUUUUUUGGCUGUAUGUAAUUCAGUCAUAAGUAAGCAUUUUCUAACGUCCAUUAUAUCCCUUUAGAUAUUACUUAAACCGAUAUUAUAAGUAGAUAACAUGUAUUAGUAUUUUUGUCUGUAUGUCCUAGCACUGUUUAACAACAAAUUUUCUAGUUCUUGUUAAUUUUUAUUUGUUAUACAAUGGAAGCACAAUGUUAUAAGGAAAGGUAAUUUUAAGCUAACAACCAGUGCACAGCCUCAGGUUUUAAAUUACAACCAUAGUUGAAUAAUAACCUAAAAAUAAACUUUUAGUUUGCUAAAAAUUUACAGAUUUUAAUUUGGCAGUUCCAGAGCUGCUUACCUAUGUUGGUUUGCCAAAAAGAAGUGUUUAAGAUAUGUUUUCUGUAUAAAUGAACUAAUUCUUUAUAUUAAAUUCUUGUCUAUGCAUUUUGUGAGGUACAAACUUAUGAAACAGUGAGUGAUAGAGAAUUUCUGCCAUGCUUUUAACUCCAAAGUAAAAGUCUCUUUCUCUGGAUUAUUUUAAAAAUUUGGUGUAUUUAACCUUUAAGAAAUGCUGUAUUCUUAAAUAUGACACAGAGUCAAUCUAAAGUCUUAUUAUUUCUUCUAGUAAAACACAAUAUUGUUAGAUUAGUUCUCAUUAAAUUUAUUGUAUGCUAAAGAAUAAAAAUCCAGUUAGAUAAAAAAAAUACUUUCCCAUUUACAAGCAUUGCACCUUUAAGAAAAAACAAACAAAUAUGACAAUAUGGUAGCUAUACUUGUGAUGUCUGACAGCAUGAUGGCCUAAGGUUUUAAAAAUAGUAUCUUGGAAUUUAUUUUUGGGGAAUGAGAAUGGUUGAGUACAAUACCAUGUAUUAAUAUCAAAUGAAAGACAAGGGUGCUGUAUCUUAGAUUAUUUAUCAGAAAAGCAUAAAUUGUUUAAGAACAAUUGUUAGAAUUUUUAAGUUUUUUUGAUUGUUGAAGCAUUUAUCUUGUUGAUUUCUUACAAAAGAAAAAGGACGUGAUGUCAGUCAAGCAGCACUUUUUCAGAAUAUACAGAACAUAAAUAAUAUAAUGUGGUUGAGUGUUAACAUAAUAAAUCAUAUACAGUAUGACAUUUUAAG